UCGUGGUGUUGGGUACAGAACCGCAGAAAUUCUCAAGUGCAGGAUUCAGGAAAAAAAUGCCUUUGAAAGACAUUUUUUGCAUUGCAGAAGCCAAUUUGUAGAAGUCUUAAUGACUCUUUUGUGAGUCCAGUGUAUUGGUGAAGUGGAGAAUGUUGUGAAGUGUAGGCUUAUUAGUGAAUGGUAACUUAGAAGACAGUUUUUUUAUAUGUAUAAAGUACGAAAAUUUAUUGAAUCUUAUGAAGUGCAGGUUUAAGAAUCUACGUAAAACAUUAGAAGAUCAUGUAAAAUAUGUUAUUUACCAAUGAAGACUAAAUGCCACAGAAGAUCCAUUUUCUGCUAGAAGCUUAAUCCGUCGUUUGAUGUGUUGAGUGAACGCCAUUAUCGAUAAAGAGUUGGUUCCAGAGCUCUGGGGAACUUGGUAUUUUCCAGAGCACUGUGGAACUUGUAAUUUCCCAGAGCACUGAAGAACUUGACAUAGUCCAGAGCACUGGGGAACUUGUAAUUUUUCAGAGCACUGAGGAACUUGACAUAUUCCAGAGCACUGAGGAACUUGGUAUUUCCCAGAGGACCGAAGAACUUGACAUUUUCCAGAGCACUGAGGAACUCGACAUUUUCCAGAGCACUGAGGAACUUGACAUUGUUCAUUGACAUUGUCUGUUCAUUGUAACAAUGAAAGCUGCCCAGAGCUGGCAUUCCCAGAGCCUCCCUGGAGAGUUCAGACCUCUGUCCUUGCUGCUACAUUUUGCCGAGUUCACCAAUGUUCCGCCUUCGAGUGAAACUCUUGCCAACUUCCUAAUUGGAGAGGGUAAACUUGAAUCUUAUCUGGAAGAGAAUCCUCCUACGGAAGCAAAUGUUUCUAAAGCCAAAACAGGUUUGGCAGAUGCUAGAAGAUAUUUACUCAUGUGUAUUGGAGAGCCAGCAAAAAAGUUGGAGGUGUCCCUUGAUGCCUUGUUGCUGCUCUCAAAACUGGAGUAUGCAAUGGGAGACUACGAGGGUGCUCUCGGACGACUGACUGCAGCAGGACUUGAUCAGCUUACGGAAAAGGCUCUUCCUACGAGGUCCCUGAGGAUUAUUGCCGAGUCCUAUGCUAUCAAGGGACUAUGCUCGGCCCUUCAACCCAGAAACAGUCUUUGUUCUGAGAAGGUCCCUUUGCCCAACAAUUCUAAAUAUCAGAGAGCAGAGAAAGUAGAAAAAAUGAUCAGGUGCUUUGAAUUGGCAGGAGAUUUAACUUUGCUCUAUCUUCAAGAGCAGGAUAAAUUAACAUCUACACCUUCCACACACUCACUGCAUUCACUGCCAUCAGCCAACACAACAGGAUCAAACUCACCCUUACCUCCUAAUGGUGUUGAGAACAAGAAGAUAGGUGUUAUCCUUGAAACUGCUCUUCAGCGGGCUCCUAUUCUUCACAUGAAGUCUGGUCAUGUUGACAAAGCUGUUACUCGUUAUAGGAACAUGCUAUCUGCUGUGGAAUCAACUGCGACCCAGCACCUUCGUCUCACCUUGGCCCGUCAGUUAGCAGAGGUUCUUCUCAGAGGUUGUUCAGAACAUGCAUACAGAGCUCCUAAUCAGGGUAUGAAAUCAUUAGAUGAAAAAAGUCGCAGUAGUUCAAGCCUUAAGGUAGGAGAAAGCCCAUGGAAGCCACAGAAAUAUAGCGGGACAAAUUUAUUUGUACCUAGAAAUAUAAAUGAAGAAAUCAUAUUGCUGUUGCUUAUAAGUGAAGCAAUGGCAGUCAGAGAAGCUGUGCUGAGUCAAAGUCCCGAGUUUAAGAAUGCCAGAGUUCAUGCUUACGAUAAUGCAACGGCUGUGUACGACCUCCUAUGCAUUUCCCUUGCAAGAAGAAAGCAACAUCAGAUACUAAUUGAGGUUUUUGAAAGGGCCAUGAAGUUUUCGUAUGAAGCCACGCAUGUCUGGCAACAAUUUGCGUUGGCGUUAAUGUGUGGACGUAAGAAUAUUCGAGCUAUGGUUGUUUUACAAGAGGUGCAUCGUUUACUGCCCAGCGAACCUCACUACUGUCUUCUGGCAGCCAAAAUUUGUUUCCAGCAGUUAGGAAGAAUAGAAGAAGGCUUAGAGUGGGUCAGUAAGGCCCUUAAGUCAUCAGAAGAAAGAGCAAGUAUGCUUGCGGCCAGGUGUCAUCUCUUCCAUGGUUUGGGGCUCACUCUAGAGGCUCAUCACACACAGCGGCAUGCAGAUUCCCAUGCCCUAAGGGCCAAAGCUCUGGAAUGUUUUCUAAGAUCCCAACAACUGGAUUCUAGUGACCAUUUAGUAGAAUUUUACUUGGCUUUGCAUUACGCCCAGAGCCGUCUUCUUGUCGAAGCCACACAUCACGUGAAGCUGGCACUCUAUUUACGAUCAGAGCAUCCACAUUCCUUACAUCUCUUGAUAUUGCUUUUGUCUGCCCAAAAGGAGUAUGAAGAGGCACUAGAGCUGGCAGAAGCUGCAUUGGCGGAGUAUCCCGAAAAUCUUCACCUUCUGUAUGUGCGAGCCAGUCUGGAAGAAGCAGUUCAUGGAGGGGAGGUAGCAUUAUUGACUGCUCGUCACAUGCUUAGCCUAUGGCAAAACCUGUAUAAAGAGCAAUUGAUGGGAGAAAUUUCUGAUGUCCAAUCACAGUUCAAUACUAACCAUGACUCCUAUAGUAUAUUCAACAUGUCCGACAAGGAUACCACUUCUGUACACGCUGAGAGUGUUGCAGCAUCUCGCGUCGAACAGGCUCUGUCUGAAGUGGCGUCUUCGCUUUCCUCUUACCAGCCAAAGCCUGGUCCUCAGCAGGCCUGGCUGCUACAAAUACAAAUAUGGCUACUCACUGCUCAGCUGUACCUGAAGACUGAUCAAGUGAAUGAAGCAGCUCAAUGUAUACAGGAAGCUUCGUCUAUCUUUCCAAUGAGUCACCACAUCAUGUUUAUGAAGGGCUUGUUGCACGAGAAGAAGAAUGAGUUUCAUGACGCACAGAUUUGCUACCAGAAUGCGCUGGCAAUCAACCCUUACCAUAUCAAGAGUUUGCGACAUCUGGGUCUCGUUUAUCACUAUUUGGGCAGCCAUCGCUUGGCCGAGAAGACCCUACUGGACGCCAUCAAGGUCGACCCCCACGAUCACCAAUCAUGGCAAACGCUGGGAGAAGUCAUGGUAAGCCUCGACCAGUUGGAAGCAUCUAGUAAAUGUUUAGCAACAGCUAUUGAAAUAGAAUCUAAAUCUCCCAUUUUACCAUUCACCUCAAUACCAUUUUGUUAUGAGUAGAUAUUACCAGAAUUGCCUUUGUAACCAACUACAUAUAUCUGGCCAGUUUCUUAGGUUACCAUAAUUCAUGGUUCACAAAUUAGUUGUUCCCUCUUAGAUAUUUUAGUUGUUCUACUCUAUUUUGCAAUUUUCUUUUAUUCUAUAUAUAAAUACUCUUCUAAUUAUAGUGAACAACAGUGCCUACAAACAAAACCUCAUUUUAGGUUAUGUCAAAAUGCAUUCCAAGUUAGUGCCAAGGGUGGGUGUUUGCUCUCCUAGCGUUAGGAAUUCACAAAUCAGUGGGGACCUUUGUAUUAAUAGCAGUAUUAUAGAAUAGAAGAUAUGGUGCUUAGUUAUUGAAUAUUGUCACUAUCAUUCCCAGUGUAUUUUUCUGUUGAUGAUAUCACUCCUGACAGGUUGUAUUGUUGAACUUUGUAAAGAUUACCUUUAAGUUUUAGAUAUUUAUAAUGUACAAUUAGCAAAUUAGAUACCCAUACUAUACCUAUUUUACUACUGUUGAAUUGUGUAAGUAAUUGACCAGAUGUAAACAUAAUCAUUUGAAGAGUUAUAUGUACCAUAUGUAACAUAAUAAGUUUCCCUACAACAAUAUUCCCUAAUUGAAUUAAACUCGUAACGUACCCUAUUUAUGACGUGUUGUACCUGUGAAUAAUUUUAACAAACGUUGUAAAAACUGAAUGCAAAUAAAAUGUUUGGUUGA